AUGGCGAACCCGCCUACUGCGGCAGGCUCGUCGCCGGCGGACGCGGACUUCAUCAUCCCGAUUGAGACGAGGUACAUGUACGUGACUGCCCGAAGCGUGCCUCGCGAAACGCUGCUCAUGACAGGGGACUGCCCCAUCUGCAAGAGCGCCCUCGGACAGCCGUGUUUGAAGUGCACCUCCUCUAUGGACGCGUGCCCCGUCGUCGUUGGUGUUUGCAGCCACAUCUUUCACCAGCACUGCCUCGAGCAGUGGCUGCAGGGGACUUGCCCCCUCUGCCGCAACCAGUGGCAGCAGGAGCGCAUCAUUCAGCAGAACUAG